AUGAAAGCAUCCGCAUUUCGAUACCAUUCAAACACGGAAGCGAACCGGUUCCCGUCGUACACCUACCAGAAACCCGAGAUCGUGAAUUCUGAAGAUCCGGUUUUCUUGAAAUCAUUAGGCAAUGAAAUAACGAAGGCUUGUGCUACGUACACACCAUUGAACAGUGAUCUUCCUCCGAAUCCUCGUCUCUUGACACAUGUUCAAUUCAAUGCCUUUAUUCGCUUUGCGAUGCUCCGAGCCUGGAAUAACUUCGAGUUUCCGAGACUGAUACUUGCUUUCCUUCCUCUCUUCACACUCGCUGCAACUCGCCUUAGAUUUGUUUCAACGGAUGGUGACCAAAUAACAGUAACGAGACAUCUAUCGCGGUUGCAGAGCAUGCUCACUUUCUCCGAAGCAAAUCGCGGAAGCAAGCCUCAUAUCCUUCUAUCCCUUCUCGCGCUCUUCCCCGUCAGAAUUGUACACACGCAAGCCGUAUUGGUCGUCGCCUCAGGAACGGCAUGCGCCUGGGAAAUGGGUCAGUCACUCAUCCAGGAAUCCGUAGAUGCAUACGUGCUCUCGCUUCGCGUUGCGGACCUACUACAAUCUAUCGGCAUGCUCAUAGACGUGCGUUGAGUAGAGAGAGGUUCUGUGAGAUCCGGUGGCUUCUGUACGGCCCAAGCUCGGGGUGAUUUUCCAGGGUCAUAACGUCCCAGACGCAGUGACGUUGUUCUGUCUUCUUGCACGAUAAAUUUGGCGUGUCAAAUGUCGGGCUGUUGCGUACAAUGAAGUCUAACCUCCUCGCGUUCGAGGAUCUGCGACACGUGGCUCGGGACCGCUAUGGACAAGGGGACCAGGGGCACGCUCCAGAUGGGGACGCAUCACAAUUGUUAGACCACCCAGACCAAGCGAAGAAUGAGGGCACCGACCAUGAACUGCAAGUACAAGCAGCAGGGGUAGCUCCACCGUCGUUUUAUAACGAUUUAAGCCGGGACGAGGUCGAUCACUCUGGUGCAACAUCCGGCGGGCGCGUGUAGGCUGCGCCGCGAUUCUGUCUGGUUCGACGCUUCAAGCGGCGGCGGCCGCGCGUUUGUGACGGCAACGGUGAUCGAGGGGAUUGUCCCAAGUGCUUGUUUCUGGGAAUUUGAUGAUGAGGCACAGCAAAGAUGCGGGGAAGCGAAGAGGAAUAGGGCGGAAAGUACCGGCGUCCCGUCCGAAGUCGAUCGAGGUCUCUGUGGUGCGCGGCAGCGGCUUUGGUGCGGGUGAUGUCGACAAGCGGGUGUCGAUCAUUCUCGAGUUUCUCCAUUCUGUGUGCCCCCUCACAACCUAGACCCAGACAUUCUGCUUUCCUAGCCAGUCAACGGUUCCGUAUUUGCCCUACAUGCACUUUUAUUAUCGUACAUCAUACAUGUAUCGAUGGCUUGUU